UGUAGGGCUGGUCAAUCACCAAUUCAUCAAUCGUAACUCGGCGUAUCUCCGCGUUGCACUUACUCGAGAGCGGAAGGAAGGAACGAUGGGGGGUCCUGGUGUGGGCGAUGAGCACUUCAUGCACUCGUCUCCCACUCUGAAUAUUUUCCGAAUCGACGGGCCUGGUCCAGGUGCUUGAUCGCUUCGUGGCAGACGAGGGCAAGCGGAGCCGGCGUGGCAUCAUGGCAUCGUAUCGCCGACGUCGAUCACCAACCCACAUACCCUGCCCUCUGCCAACCAGGCCCGACGUCCCCAAGUAUAUUCCUACACCCACCCCACUCCAUCCCGAUCCCCUCCAACUCCGCCUCACUUUUCCUUCCCUCCUUCCCAUCUCCUCCUUCAUCGCUCUCCCUCCCCUCCCUCCCCGCGAAUUACCAUCACCUCCCCCUCCACACCUCCCCGCCCAACCACCUGCAUGCCCGUCCAAGCGUCGCGGCAGCAGACCCGCUGUGCCGCAUCAUGGCCGAGACACUAGACGCCUUUACCUUUCUCCUCGAUACCCUCCCCAGCUUGCUAGAGCAGUUGGACGCAAUCGUCAAGAGUUCGGAAGAAAGACAGAGUGCGGAAUUGUGCCGGCAACACCACAUCCCCCGACCUCCAUCUGCUUCCUCUUCGCAGCGAUCAAGGGGCUCAGAGGAUGAACCGCGAUUACGACAACGGCCCAGAAGCCCGAACAAUGCGGCGACCGCCUCGUCUCCCUCGUCCUCCACAUCCCCUCACAACCUGACGUCGCCUGCCCGCGCACAACGUCACACCCGUCCUCCCGCACUCCACCACCAGCAACUGCCUCCUCUCACCUCAUCCCACCCCGAUGACCCCCCGCGCACACCCCAGUGCAAACGCAAGACCCGAUCAGCAUGCUCCGCCCGGCCCAGCGCUGGUCCGCUAAAAUACCGCUCAAGAACGAUGGUCACGGUCUUCUACGAUGGAGACAUUCAACAACGCUUCGAGGCGGCGGUACGCACCAUCGCUCACUGCCGCAACGCCAUGAGAAAGGGCAAGAUGAGCGCAAAGGUCGACUUCCUCGCCCGCUGCAGUUCCAGCAGUGGUGACGAGGAGAGUGCAGAUGACGAAGCAAUGCCUGGCCUCAUCAUUAAACCGAAGCGUACUUCCUCUCCACCACAUCCACUUCGAUCACCUCGCGUGCUGCCGAGAAAUGAAGACACCAUGGCGUUUGAUCAAGCAGAUGCUUUUCUCGAUCAAGCCCAGGCGUUGUGCGAGAGGGCUGCGCAUCAGGUCCUCCGCAACGGCGACUGCACCCUCGAACUCACUCGCGUGAAAGAGAAGAUAGCGCAGGCGCGGGAAGUGGGCCAAGCAGCGUUGCCGAUGCUACAAAGGCGUGCCGUCAAGGCAGCGCAACGACAAGGAAGAGAGGCGGCCCGAACCACGCCGCCGGCAACGGAGGCAGUGAUACCCACGCCCCAUCGCCGCGUUGGCUCGCCGGAGAGUGUCUUGCUUGAAGUCGACUCGUUGGAAGUCGACGAUCCGGAGGCGGAUGAUGGCGAUUCUGCCAUUCCGGAGAUGAUGAUCCCGAGCAGCAAAUAUCCUCCGCGACAACAUCCCGCUCUGCUCAGGCAACGAAUGUCGGUGUCAUGACACUGCCCUGGUGAAGCUCAACUGCUGAAGGAUCUUCUUUUGUUUUGUGCUCUUUCUAGAGACUGGAGAGAUUGUUUUUGCGUUCUAGCGACUGGCGAACAAUGUGAAAGCGAGGCGUUACGGAUGGGUACAGUCAACCACGGGAGCAUGUGCAUGCCCGUGUCGUCUUUCGCUUUGUGCAUUAUUAUACUACCUCAUUCGCUGCAGCUGUCUUAUAUCGUACAGGAGACAAAACAAGGCCGGAGAAGGCGUUGCUGACGGG